ACAGAAUUCUCAGCUCGCCAGGUUCGUCAUGUGCACUCAGCGUGCAGAGAAAAUCAAUGGAUGGUGGAGGAAGACCGUGUGAAAGCAUGUGGAACUUCAAGAUGACCAGGCAUCAUGCAAACGGGCCCUGGCGAGAUCCUGUGAAUGGAAGGAGAAGGAAAAAGGUAAUCUGCCUUGUCAGCACUUUGCUUGUUUUGUCCCUGCUGAUUACUGCUGUUGGAAUCGUCACCACCACAGGAACAGAAAGUGUCAGCGUGACGGGAUAUGGGUCUGGAAUCAUAUUUGUGUUUGGAUCAUUCUUGGGAAUUCUUGGACUUGUGCUUGAAGAAAAUCGCAAUCAAUUGCUAUUGGCAUCCAUCAUCUUCUUAAGCUUUGGAGUAAUUGCUGCGUUCUUCUGCCUCAUCGUGGAUGGAGUGUUUAUUGUGAUGAACAUUGACCUGAGACCUCUUCAUGCAGGACGAUGCCAAUACUAUGGCAGUGGGCAUAGCUACCUAUAUGAAAAUCUCUUUGCUUCGGUGACUUGUCAAGGCCUCACUGAGUCCUGCAACCUUCAAGUUCGCAGUGGUACCUGUUACUGUUGUGACCUGUAUGAAUGUGCAAAUGGCGGAUACCUGAAUAAUCAUUAUGAAUUUGUGGGUGUGAAGAGUUGCCAGGAUGUUCUCUCUCUUUAUAUGAAAAUCUGGCUGUUAAUCGUACUAAAUUUCCUUGCAUUCUUCCUUGGCAUUCUGACUACAGCAGUGCUUGGCAGCAUGAGGAAUAUGAGAGAACAUGUCUCAUGCUCUGAUCUAACUACAAGGCUGUUGGACCCCUCACCAACCCGGCAAAGCCCUGAUGACCAGAAUCACACUCCAGCACUUUGCCCGAGUGCCCCAUUUUUACAAGAAGCUGCAAACCCAGUGCACCACUUUGCUGCAGCAGUUACCAAGGAUCAGACUCCUGGCAGCAUAACAGGCGGCACGAAGGCUGAAUUGAGCUCCCCGCCAUUUGCUCCACUUUGUCAUUUAAUGCAUGGCGCAGGAAGUGGGUAUCUAGCAUGAUCUGUUUUUCAAGCAGUGUUUCCAACUACGAUUUACCUU